CUUUCUUUCUUUCUUUUCAGACAAAAGACAGUAUAAUCUAAGCGAUUCUCUACACUGGCUCUGACCUGAACAAACGCUGAACAAUAUGCUAAUUUUCUGUCGACAUUUACGAGUAAAUUCUAACAAGCGAGUGUAGGACUACAUCAAGCAAGGACAUACAGCUUUCCCCUGACGUCGGUGAACCAACGGGGGGUUUCAGCCCUUAUUCUUUGUGAGCCACACAUUAUGGACAUCUCCUUGUGGAUCUGCUCAUUGGAACCUCAGGCAUAAGAACAAAAUUGUUUUCCCGGUGUGCUUCAUGCUUCGCCAAUAUAAUAUUAUUGUUGUUUAGUAGGUUUGAUGUAGACAACCAGAAGCACAAACACUGCAGCUUGGCAGGGCUUUGUUUUAUGGCCUUCAAACACGACCAACGAUGAAGGCGACAGCUUGCGACUUCUCUUCUCAUAACUUUGCUAUCCCAGAGUACAGAGAACAUCUCCCUUUGAUUGGAGGAAUUAAGAGUACAUUCAUUUAUAUUAAUAUUCCAGACAGUGAACGCACAUCCUGUAAACACUAAAAGUGCGCUUUGGAGAAUGUUGCAGCCAGUGAAAUGGAUGUGUUCUGCAAUAUUUCUGUAAUAGAGUUCACAUUAUCAGUUUUAUUUGAUCUAACAGCGUGAUAAAUUAAAAUGAAUUGAAACACUUAUGGGGAGCUAUGGCCAGGUUUGUGUUAUGUAUGGCCUGCCCAAUAAAAGUUAGUGGAUCAGUUAACGCAAGAAUGAUACGGGAACUGCCUUCUCUUUUGCCUUACCAGUAUUAUCUGUCUCAAAAUAUCUACGUGUUUAAUACUUAAUGCUUAAUACCUGAAAAUGGUUUAAGAGGGGCUCCUAAAAUUGAUUCUAGUAUUAAAAAGCUUUCUUGGCCCUCAGAGAAGUCAAAUAAAUCAAAAUUAGAUAUUGCGAAAGACUGAGCAGUGGAAUCUUUUGUCUGGUAGUUUUGGCAGCCACCUGAGGCUUCUGUAUCUCUGUGCUUUGUUUCAUUUAUGACGAAGACAAUGCCGCUAUAAAAGAAAACAGGGAAGCCGGAAGCACACUGGGGGUGAAUGGAAGCGAAGAGAUAAAGUCCUGAAACUACGGAGUCCCUCUUCCGGGUAUAAUCUCUGUACUAAGCUUUUCAAUCUCCACGUCUCUGUCUUCGAAAUGACCUCCAUUGUGUCCAGUAAGGUGAAAAACGUCAACAACAAGAACAACAACAAGAAAAAGAACAACAACGACAACAAAAAUAACAAUAUCACACUAAACAUCGCCCUGUCUGCUCAGUCUGUAAGGAACUUAACGGCAGUCGGGCAACACAGUCUUACUCCUCUACCUCACCGUUUCGAUAUGAAGGCUACGUGGAGAGUUCUUAUUUCUCCCUAUCUCGUCAUAUCGGACAUGGAUGUCCCAAGAGUCACACAACCCGCUGUAUCGAACAACAAGCAGAAAACGUAAUCACACAUUCGUAAACGCAAAAAGGAGUGUUUUGUUUAUCUGCCUCCGUCAACUGUUGGUCAGACUCAGAGAAAAAGGAAAGACUAUCUAUAAGGGAGAGAGAAAAGGACAUCCAUCGGUUACAGGUAAAGGACACACUGUCGGUCAGAGACCAUUCGAGAGAAAGGAAACAACGUCUUUCGGAGAUAUAGGGAAUACCAUUUUACCACGAUGGCCACAUUCCGAAUCGAGGUAGAAGACAUCCUCAUGAUCUCGCUAUUCGUUAACGCUUGCGUUGUGCUCCAGCUGUUCUCGAGCCGAGCGAUAGAGCUGCUACUACGGCUCCUAAAGGGACUGAGUUCAAAGUCCCGAACGCUGAGGGACCUGGACAUGGACAGACCAGGCUUUCUUGGCAGGGUACUCGUCGAACAUACAAGUCUAUGGGUUUUGUCAGUGCUGGCCAUCGCUACCCUCAACUACACUUCCCUGACCACCAUGCCAUUCGGCCACCAGCCGAACCCUCAUCCAGAGUUCCUCAUCAGCCUCACUCUAUGCGGCAACACAGCGCGCUCUUUACUGAUCGCCGUGCGGAUUGCUCUAGCCAGGGAUGUCAUCUUCAGUAAGACCGACGCAAAACGGAUGCGCAAGACACAUGACCAAACUGGCAAUAGAAAGCUGGAUUUUUUCUACGCCGUUUUCAUCGCAGUCUCAUGUUUACUAUGUCUGGGGUUCAAGGAAAAUCUUUUUCUUGGUAUAACUUCCCCUCUCAUAGAGCUGGGUGCCACCCCGUUGGAAUGUUGUCGCAUGAUAAGAAUGGCCAAAAACCACAUCGGUUCGAACUCGUAUCGUAAAACUUCUAUCCUCUGCUUCGUAAUGACUGUCGUCAGCCGACUGGGUCUGCCAAUAUUAUUUUUUACAUUAUCCUUACACCAAGAGUCCCCUUUCGUCAUGGGCAAAGUGUUAGUAGCGUGGUAUUUCACCAGCGCCAUCAUUUACGUAGUUUUCAACAGUUUGCUGCUUUACCAGAGUGUGAGACGUUUGUGGUCGUCUGUUAAAAACACAAUCCCUCUCCCAACGUCUACCCAUCGUCCAUACCCCCCACCUCAGCCAUUUUCUAUCUACGACUAUCCGGAAAUGCUUUCCAAUGACAUUCGUGAUUCCGAGGAUUGCACAAAAGAGGAUGGCCAAAAAGCCGUGACUCCGUGGUACAAGAGUUGUGACUACGUUUUCCUUCGUUCGUAUGAUAAUCGUAAUGUCACGUGUGUUUUAUUCGGGGAGGAAGAGGAGAAAUCCAACGCUUUCAAGCGAAAAGAGACGUCAAAACAUACUCUUCUGUUCAAAUCGCGCCGUCCUUUUGAGUCGGCGACUGACAAACUCACACCAGAACCACCACUGAGGAAGACGUCGUUGAGUUGUGAUACUAUAGAUAGCCAACAAAGUGAUUCUUUACUAGAGAGCUCAGACUUCUUGAAUGUGGAGGCGUCAGGGAAUGCGGUGUCUACUGUAGACUUCACGAGUUCUGAGAAACAGAGCCUUGACACCAGCAACGCUACACAAAUUGUUGACAACUAGCUUCCGAUUUCCUUGUAUUGCUUUUCUUUUUCUUCGUUGUCCUCCAUGUCUUGAGCAUCAGCAUCACCAUCACCCACACCAUCACCCACACCAUCAUCAUCACCAUCACCAUCACCAUCACCAUCAUCAUCAUCAUCAUCAUCAUCAUCAUCAUCAUCAUCAUCAUCAUCAUCAUCACGUUUACUUAGUUCACAUCUAAAACUGAUUCCCUUUAAAAGACUGGACUUGUUUAGUUGGCUAGUAUUUAUUUGUCAGAGUAAAAUAUUGACAGACUGUAGGUCAGUAUCUCCGUUGUUGCUACUCAAACACUGCGCUUAUGCAAACUGUUUUGUACUCAUGAAGAGAAAGAUAAGUUUGAAGUCUACGGUGGUUCUUUUUCCUGUAUAAUCGUGCAGGAAACACCGUAACGUUUGUUUGUCAAUUUGCUUUUUUGUAUUUACCUACUGUCUCAGACUCGAUGACCACAAGAAGACAAUAAAUAAACUCUUCAGUUUUUGCGCGGAUCUGUACCAAAUUUGAAAGAAAUUAUGUUCGAUCAUAUGGACCUCAUAAUCUAUGCUCAAAUUUGAUCUGGUUGAACGAGCACUGCUGCAACAGCCUUGUCUCUGGGUAACCCAGAAAAGGCCUUUUGUGUCAGAAAAUAAGCUGGAUCCUUUCCACUAAAAAGUUUCAAGUCUGUUAUUGUGGGGAGUAGGGGUUGAUUCCAGAUCUAAGUUUAGUGCAUCUUCUGAAAGAGCAAUUUGAGGGGCUGGUACGUACAUUUCAAAGAGAGGGAACGUCUGCUGUAAGCCUUUAGGAAUGAGAUAAAGCAUUAACAUAACAGUGCUAAAUGAGGAAUAUAUUGACAGGUCGCACGUUGGUCGUGACAACUCCAAAGAAUUCUACUCGAAGGUGUAGGGGUGAACUAGGCUUGUCAAAGUCCAUGGCUAACAUAAUCUUAAAAACAUGGUUUGAAAUUAAGAAAGCCACCCGAGACAAUACUUCAGAGACAAAAACAAUGAGUGCUUGGGAUUUUAAGACAACGGAGAGAGAGUGAGAAUUUUCUAUGGUCUGUUUCGUUAGCGAUGAGGCUCAUAUCUGCGUGAGUGAGAAGGUUAAUUCUGGGUAAUGAGCAUAUGAAUGACAAGAUGGUGUGAAUGAGAGAGACUUUUAGACUAUAAAGAAGCAACAGCAUGAUGAAUACCUUUAAGCCAUUGAAAUUUCACAGAGCCAAUAUACACAGAUUAUAAUUGCAGAUUCAUCAUUUGAAUCAGUUAUGGCAGUCCAUAGGGUAGUUCUGCAACUUUGAGGCAAGAGGUCAGCUAUGGUUUAUGCAGGAUGAGACAGGCCUUCACACUGCAAAACGUGUUUUAACCCGCCUGACGGGGCGUUUUGGAGAUCGUGUCAUCAGCGGCUUAAAGAACAACCACGGAGCCUACACAGUCCAGUUAUGAAAAGUGAAAAUUCCAAAACAUUUAGGAACCAAGAAAUCGAAACUUAGAGUACCACGUCGCAACAAUGUGAGAACUCUACACAAUAUACUUGAGUCAGUACAAGUAAAUGCAUUGCGUGUGGAGAAUCUUUUGGGAAGACAACAUUUUUAUUAUUAUAUUAUGUAACUGUCUGUCCGGAUGGUUCCUUCGGGUUUCUACCAAAGGACUUUGCUGUACAUUAAGCUCUCACCCAGAUCACGGUGGAUAUGGGGUCCUUCUUCCUUGUCAAGGCAGCAAUUGCCAAUCAGACGUGGACACGUCUCUCUUUAAAUUGAAAAGCGUUUUAAAAAAAAUUAUUUACCUUUUUUGAGGCCUUCGAGUUUGGGACACCAUGUACCUGUGAGUAAAUGUGUGCCCGUGGAGUGCAGAAGAGAUAGAUAGAUUGGUUGAUAGAUAGAUAGAUAGAUAGAUAGAUAGAUAGAUAGAUAGAUAGAUAGAUAGAU